AUCCGACCAGAUUUGCAUGACCCCAAUUCUCCUAUUCCUCCUCGAAACGUCCGCUCUGCAGCCGCGGUCUCGACUCCCUGCCGUCCGUCACGCCCGGGAGCCGCGCUCCGCCUCCACCGUCCGGUUGUGCGACCGUGAGGCUGCCGCGCCCACCGAGGCAGCAGAGACCGCCACACCACCAGCCACUGCUGAGUCCAACAGCCUCCUCGGGCCGCGCGAGGCAGCGCUUGCCAGCGUGCCGCUCUUUUUUCUGCUCCAGUCAACUACCGUCGGCCUCGCUCGUUCGGGACUCCCUCCUGACCUGGCGCCGCCCGUGGGCCGCGCCGCUGCGUUCGGGCUCUUUGCCGCCGUGCAGGCCGCAUCCGGGACGUCGGUCGACACGUGGCUGCUCCGUCCCGCCGCGGAGCCCGAGUGGCGCUGGCUCGCCGCGCCGUGGGCGCCGGCGGCGGUCUUCGCCGCCUUUGCUGCCGCAGCGCUCGCCCCAGCGCUCGCAUGCCAGCUGUUCGGGCAGGCGGAGGUGGCGGAGGCGCUGCUGCCCGCGGGCGGGCCGCCCCCGUCUGCGGCGCGCUGCCUCGACGUCCUCCUCCUCGCCCCCCUCACCGAGGAGGCCUUCUUCCGAGGCUGGCUUCUCACCGCCUCUGCGCGGGCCGGCGCGCCUCGCGCGGCGUCAGCGGCCGCGUCGGCGGCGCUCUUUGCGCUCUGGCACGCCGGCGACGGCGCGGGCGGGCUGCUCGCCUUUGCGGCGCUCGGAGGGUGGCUCGCCGUCGUGUACCAGGCCGGCGGCGGCCGGCUCGCCCCUUGCGUGGGAGGGCACGUGCUCUGGAAUGCGCUCAUCUUGGCCUUGCGCGCGGCGCGGUGAGUGUGACAGCAGCGGGCCUGAGAUAUACUGGUGCUUGGUUGGUGCAUCUCGGCCGAGAUUUCCCACACCCACAUACCCUUAUAUCUGCCUGACCACACGGUUGGUGGUGUCCGCAUCAUGUCGCUCACCCGCGUGUAGCGAGAAAAGCCGUUUUUUGC